CGGGUGCUAUUGCGCAUGCGCGUCUCAUUCUCAACCGGGAGCGCGUUUCUCGUUAGGAGGGAAUGGCAUGCAGCUGUUUGUAAGCGCGCGUGCACCUGCGGUUUGCGUUUAAUUCAACGGAAGUGGUUUUGAGAUGUUCUCAAAAAGAGGUCAUUGAUCUUUUUUUUGUAUCACUUUUAGAGGACUGUAGACUAACUAACCCAAGCUAUAAGUUUACAUUAUAUUAAAAAAAAACCUAUUCUCUUUGGCCAUGAUUGCCACAUUAUGGGGCUUAAUGGUGACUGUGCUGCUGAUGUGUGAAGUCCAGGGGUUUUAUAAACAAACUGAAAGCAAUGAUACCAUCAUAUGUACAGCCAAAAACAUGUUCGCGCAGAUUUCCAAAGAUUUCACUCAGCCAGUGCCAACGUAUAUUUAUGUCCAAGAUGAGCAUGGUCAGUACCGUAAUGCUAGGAAGAUGGCAGGGAGGUGCUCAUAUGGCAUAACAGAGACACCACACUUUAUCAUCAUCUGUGUUUCACACAGCAGCUGUCACAUUCAGAAAACGGUCCAUGGUGGAAAAGUUACAUUCUGGGUGAAUAUUGUGGUGGUAAAGCUUCCCCGUUCCAAGCAAGGAUCAAUAUUUAGAGACCCUUUUUUUAAACUGACCAUGUCUUGUACAUAUGCACUGCUCAAUACUAGCAGCAGCACGUCUGUUAAAAUUAGAGCGCCGAUAUUAACAACUGCUUCCGUCCUGAAGAAGGAGGGCAUACUCCGUGCUCAGAUGAGAUUUGCCACAGAUUCUUCUUUCAGGAGCUUCUAUAAGAUCCAGGCACCUCCUGUGAUGCACACUCUGGGGGAGCCAGUAUUUGUGGAGGUAUUUGUCCUAAAGCAUGAGGAUAAAGACCUCGAGCUUGUGCUUAACGAGUGUUGGGCUACACCCAGUCCUGACCCACAGGAUGAGCUCAAAUGGAAUCUGCUUCACAGAGGCUGUCCUCGACAAGAUGACGACUACAGUGUUGAAGUCCUAGAGGUUCGGCCUGGUGAUGGAGUAAAAUAUCCCAAGCUUCACAAGUGGCUGAAGAUUACAAUGUUCUCUUUUAUUGAGAGCGAAGACAUUUAUGAAUCUGUUUACUUGCAUUGUGAUGCAGAAGUUUGCAAAGGAGCUCGGUGUCCGAGGACCUGUAAUAGAAAGAGGAGGCAUGCUGGUGUCCAGAGGUUUCUCAACGGAAGAGUAGUUAUUCAAGGGGGGCCUCUGAUUUCAGCCAUGUGACUGCAUCAGUGCUGUGUAGCUGUUGUUUUCAAAAAACCUGGAGAACUAGUUUGAAUACUUAUGUAUAGUUGUAGGAAAUCCACUGUAAUAAAUGGGAGCCAAAAUUUGUUUUAUGUUUUGUACACCUUUUGACACAAUAUGAUGUGGAACAUGUAAUUUAUGUGCUGUUUCUCAAAACUUCUCGAUUGUAUAUUCUGGGGGUGUUUCAUGACUGACAUAUUUAGUGUCAUGUUUGUUCUGGUAAUGAUAGAAAGAGCAGCUAAGGUCAGGGCCGUCUCAAGGUCACACCAUUUCACCAAGCAUGAGACACCCAAAAUCUUGUGGUUUUUGUUGAGUAGAUUAAUGUGUUAAUUAGUAUAUUUAUAACAGUUUAAAAAUGACUUUUUACCAGAUACACAUUUCAAAUUGGUCUUUGCAAUUUUGAGUCAGAAUCAGUUUUGUAAUUAGUAACAUGUCGUGGGUGUUUAUGAAGGAAUAUUCAGUGGUGUGAUGAAGUAAAAUAGCAGCAUUAACAUACUAUAUACCUCAAAUUUAAAUUAAUUCCCCAAAUAUACAAUUAUCCCUCACUAACUGUA